UAAGAGAGAGUGAAAGAUAAAAAAAGUUUAAGGUCUGUCAAACAGUUGUUUUGAUAUAUGUGAACAUAUACAUUAAUAUAAACAAAUUUAAGCAUUUUCUUGAUUAAAAAUGAGUCUUGUAGCAUACGAUAGUAGUGAUGAAGGUUCUGAAAAUGAAGAAAAUGAGUCUAUGGAAACUAUUAUUGCAAACAAUAACAAUGAUGGAAUGAAAAAUAUAACGGUACAAGCAAACUCGAGAUUAUCCUUACCUGCUCCAAAAGUAGUUUCAAGCACAAACGAUGAAGAGGAGAAAGAAGAGAACACUUUAGAGGAGAACUUUAGAAACUUCCUCGAUAUGCUACCAAAGCCAAAAGAUUCAAAUUCAGCAGGAAACAUUGAAGAAAAUGAUGAUAUUUUGUUAAAGAAAGAAGUAGAAAAUAAAGUCAUAAAAUCAGCAAAAAAGCAGACAGUGAAAAUAACAGUGCCUUCUUUAUUGGAGUUUAAGGAUAUUGAGGAAGAAAGUAUGAAACCAAAGAACCAAACUAUACAAUCAUCAGUAAAAGGCUGUGGACUCUUUUCCAUCUUAGUACCACCAAAAGCAGAAGCAACAAGGAAUAAUAAUACUCUAAUUCCUCAAGUUAUUAAAAAUACACUAAUGAAACCAAGUAUUCAUCAAGCAAAAAUACAAAAACAAUCUGAUACAAGAUAUCAGAUUAAUAAUUCUAAAGCAGAAAAGAUAGUCAUGAAUAAAGUAUGUACUGAAACAAAUUCUGAUGAUGAAGAUGAAGCAGUUGACUUUUUUGGUCUAACUUCAAGUAAGGACGUACCAGAUGAUUCUAUGAUGGUAUCUUCAGAUUCCGAGUUAUAUUCAAGUGAUUUCACUGGUAAAUUGAAUGAUGAAAAAACUAAACUCACAAAGCAUGUACAAAAUGAUACAUCAUGCAACUCUCCCUAUACUGGUUCCAUUAUUUCAACAAAUAGCCAACUAAACAGUUCAAAUAAAACAUUAAUAAGUAAUGUUAUGAAUUUGUCUAAAGAAGAAAUUUUAUUGAAAAAUAAAGCAGAGGUUGGCCCGAAGUUACCUAUUCCUGAGCAGGAAUAUAACAUUGAUACACAAGGUAAUAUAGCAUUUGAUGAGAAGGCCAUUGAAUACCUCUGUGGAAGACGAGGUGUAAAACGUAAAGAUAGAGAAAUUGACGAAGCAAACAUAAUUGAGAUAAAUGGAGAGGAUAUAAAACCAGACGAAAGAGAGUGGCUGGUAAAGGCAUUAACAGAAGAAUCUGUACAAAGGCCAGUUUCUAUGCAGAAUUGUGGAAUCAACUCUCAAUCCAAGAAGAAGCAUCAAAUUACUUAUUUGGCGCAUCAGGCUAAAGCUAUGGAACUGGAACUAAAAAAUCAGUGGUCUCAAAAUAGAAUGGCACGAAAACAAACAAAAUCAAAAUAUGGUUUUUAAAACCAUGUGAAUAUAUGUGUAUGUAUAAGUAUCUCUUAAAUAUAGAAUUUUAUUUAUAACUCAAAUUAUAUAAUAUUACUUGUAACUCAAAUUAUUACUAAUAAUUGUCGAUAAUACUUGAGAAAAUAGAACGUUUUAUUGAUAUAUUUAAGGUACAAUUGAAGCCAA